AUGGCUCAGCAGCCUCACGAUAUGAGCUACCUUGACUACGGCUCGGCGCCUAACCGGUCGCCCAGCUCCUCGAGACAGAACUACGCCAACUUCCCUUCCGGCCUCACCAUGCCCCGACAGACCCAACGGCCCUUCGAUGCGCCCCUCCCCUCGAACGCCCUCUAUUCUACCGAUAGACUGGCCAGCAGCUACGGCAACCGAGCCAUGGACACUGUCGGCGCUGGCAGCAUGCCUACCUACAUGAUGGAUAACAACCAGUCGUGGAGUUACAACGCUUCCGGCGUGGCCACCGUUGGCGGCGCCGUGCAUGGCCCGGGAAGGCAGCGAAGCGUCAACCGGCGAGCAGCUUUGCCAACUAAUUGGACCGAGCAUGGCGGAAUGGGCAUGCCUAACCUUCAGUCCUACUCCAACGGCCUCGGCGCCGCAGCCAUGGCCAACGGUGGCCUCCGUGUCGAUGGCCCCGGAUCCCACCCGUCUCCCAACAGCCUCCAGUCUGCCGGCAACGAUGCCGACCAGCUCAUUCCCACGGCCAUUGUGAUCAAGAACAUCCCCUUUGCUGUCCGGAAGGAGACGCUUGCUUCCAUCAUGCUGGAGAUGCACCUUCCCCAGCCCUACGCUUUCAACUACCACUUUGACAAUGGUGUUUUCCGAGGACUCGCUUUUGCCAACUUCCAGUCCGCUGACGAUACUCGCCUUGUCAUUGAUGCGAUGAAUGGAAUGGAUGUCCAUGGCCGGAAACUGCGCGUCGAGUACAAGAAGAUGUUGCCCGAGGCGGAACGUGAGCGCAUUGAGAGGGAGAAGAGGGAGCGCCGAGGACAGCUCGAGGAGCAGCACCGCGCCCCGUUGCUGCACAACCAGAGCUCGAUCCAGUCUCUGGGCGGCAUGUCUCAGGCCCAGCCGCGCACCGCCAGCGCUGCCGCUGGCCCUCCUACGUCUUCUCUUCUUGGCGACAUCGAUAUGAAUGACCCCCAGACGCUCGAGUUUUACACCGAGCUUGCCAUGUUCCGAAGGGACGACAGCCGGGAAAUCCUCGUCUUCCCUCCCGGAAUUGCCCCUGAGCACCGACGAUGCAUUCACAUCCUCGCCCACCACAUGGGCCUCGAGCACCAGUCCAUCGGCGAGGCCGACUCGCGACAGCUGACGGUGCUCAAGCGACAGCAGCCCUCGCCCACGGCGAACCUCCAGACGCCGCCUGCCAGCAGCCUCGAUGUGCACAAGCGUGGCCUGAGCCGGGCCGCCACGUUCGACUUUGCCGCCGACCGGGAGUCUCGCACAUCCAGCAGCACCUAUGGCCACCUUGUUGGUCGACACGGGCCCACGCUCGAGCUUCCCGGCAGCCCAGACGGAGGCGGAAUCCCCAACAACCUGCGUGCGGCCAAGAGCUUUGCCGACCUCCGCUCAUUCACCCCUAGCCCUUCUCAGGCGUCAUCGAGCUAUCUUGCUCCCGGCAGCGGCUUGAGCAGCAUUGCCCCGACCUCCACGGCCCGGUUUGGCGACUACCUCAGCAACGGGAGCCAGUCGCAGAGCGGCAACCCCAGCACUCCGGGGAAGAACGACAACGGUCUCGUCAGCGGCCUCAGCGGAUUGAGCCUGUCCCCGUUUGAAGCGAGCUCGCUGCAGUCUCAGGCGCGUAACACCCCUGGGGCUAUUGGCAGCCAGCGGCCCAGCGCAAACGGAAACGGGGUCAAGAACAUCCCUGAGAGGCAGCCGCGGAACCCGGAAUGGGAGGCGUCCAAUGGUUUUGGCCGUACUCGGGCAAACGGCCACAUGCAGCGCGGUAGUGAUUCCUCGGACAACGGAGCUCGCGUCGGCACCAGCUCCACUAACGCUUCGAGAUACCACUAA